AAUAAGUUUAGUCUCCCCAAUUGAUUUCUUCAGUUUUUAAUUACCGAAACAAUAUUGCUUACAGAGGCUGAAAAACAUGGGGACACUAAUUGCUUAAGAAUCAGUUUCAGACAGACAUGAUAGCCUGGGCCUGUUACAAAUCCUGGAACUCGGGAGGUAGGAACAGCCCAAGUUACAUAGUGAGAUGCUCAGUGAGAAACCAGCUGGGUUACAAAAUGACCCCGUCUGGGUUAAUGAACUAUUAGCUCAGUUUUAGAAUGCUCCCUGAAGAAAGUAUUGUGCAGAGGGGGAUGAACACAGAAUUUCAAAUAAUGACCAUCUACUGACAUCUUGGAGAAAUCAGUCUAUAGGACCCAAAUGUUUUCAGCUCUCCACUCACUUGGAAAAAAAGUCACUUUGACUGGAUGUGUCGAAAUGGGAUUUCCAAAAUUUGCCAGGAUCCAUGGAGUUUAGGUUUGCUUUUCAAAUGCAUGUCAACGCAAAUUUUCGCAGGCCCUAAAACAGAUGACGAAAAUCCUAGGACAAAAAAGGCUGUGUUCUCCUCCCCCACCGGCCAUCAAAGUUUUGCUCUGGGAUUCCUGGGCGGAACUGUUUCCGUUCUGCGGCAGCCCUCCUCCUCCAUGUAACCGCCCACAUUUGGGGUUUUCAAUGAGGUCCGCCAAGUCGCUAUAAAGGCGAACGUCAACCUGCACAAUCUACGCUCUUUCUCAGAUUGCUACUUUCUUUAGGUUUUUAGUGUGUAGUCUCCUCAGAAUGUCCGGUCGCGGCAAGGGCGGGAAGGGCCUGGGCAAGGGCGGCGCCAAGCGCCACCGCAAAGUCCUGCGCGACAACAUCCAGGGCAUCACCAAGCCCGCCAUCCGGCGCCUGGCCCGGCGCGGCGGCGUCAAGCGCAUCUCCGGCCUCAUCUACGAGGAGACCCGCGGAGUGCUGAAGGUCUUCCUGGAGAACGUGAUCCGCGACGCCGUCACCUACACGGAGCACGCCAAGCGCAAGACGGUCACGGCCAUGGACGUGGUCUACGCGCUCAAGCGCCAGGGCCGCACAGUGGCUCGGUUCCUGCAUAAAUACCCGGGCCUCCGCGCCACCUGGCCUGCCCCUGGUCCCCUCGCCAUGGCGCGCACGAAGCAGACGGCCCGCAAGUCCACCGGCGGCAAGGCCCCGCGCAAGCAGCUGGCCACCAAGGCCGCCCGCAAGAGCGCGCCGGCCACCGGCGGCGUGAAGAAGCCGCACCGCUACCGGCCCGGCACCGUGGCGCUGCGCGAGAUCCGGCGCUACCAGAAGUCCACCGAGCUGCUGAUCCGCAAGCUGCCGUUCCAGCGCCUGGUGCGCGAGAUCGCGCAGGACUUCAAGACCGACCUGCGCUUCCAGAGCUCGGCCGUGAUGGCGCUGCAGGAGGCCAGCGAGGCCUACCUGGUGGGGCUGUUCGAGGACACCAACCUAGCCAUUCUCUUCGUUAUGUCUGGACGCGGCAAGGGCGGGAAGGGCCUGGGCAAGGGCGGCGCCAAGCGCCACCGCAAAGUCCUGCGCGACAACAUCCAGGGCAUCACCAAGCCCGCCAUUCGGCGUCUGGCCCGGCGCGGCGGCGUCAAGCGCAUCUCCGGCCUCAUCUACGAGGAGACCCGCGGGGUGCUGAAAGUCUUCCUGGAGAACGUGAUCCGCGACGCCGUCACCUACACGGAGCACGCCAAGCGCAAGACCGUCACGGCCAUGGAUGUGGUCUACGCGCUCAAGCGCCAGGGCCGCACGCUCUACGGCUUUGGAGGUUAAGACAGACGUGUA